CUCACCUCUGCCUCAACAUCAACACAAGACUGUUCAUAGCGGGAGUCUAACGUCUGUUUUAAAAGAGGCUUCACAUUAAAGUUGUUAUUAAGUACUGUAUUAGUUCUUGUGGACGACUGUGUAUUUGGGCUCCAAGAUGACUAGGUUUGCGUCCUUCGAGAAACUUGUCGUCCGUAGAGAAAUAGGAUAUGUGUGUGAUGAAUCAGCAAUGGUGAAUUUGACCACCCAGGGAACCUACGACGGCGCAAUGUUUAAACUAAUUACUAAAUGUGAGACCAGUAUGUUGAUUCUCUCGGGGCAUCACUCGGUGGAUCAGUUUACGGUUGAUGUAGUUGUUAGAGAUAGUCCUAAUAAGGGCCAGGGAGCCAGUAAGGGUCGUAGUCGAGUUCUGCCAAGUGUAGCAGACCUUGACAGGAUUGAGACGUUGGCAGACGCCUGGCAGAAAUGUGAGGCUGAAGGAUUGCACGGGCUACAGGUAGUGGCGCUGAUAGAUAAGUCGUGCAUGCCAGAUAACGGCUGCCAGGAAAAGUACACGCUGGCACAGUUCGUCAACUCCAUCAUCCACGGCAUCGAGGCUUACUUCAUGUUUCAGAAGCCAAACCCUUUUUUUGUCUUGAACGCUGCAAACUUGUGGCAGGCCUUUGAAGAACUCAGAAUGGAGAGUUGUUACCUCAUUAUGGCAUGGAAGAUGAAGGAGGACCCCAGGAAAGAAGCACUAUCACGAAUAUCCCUCACCCAGCUGAGCAGUGCGACUCCCACAAUAAAGAACAACAGGAGAGAACAAAGUGCAAUUACCCAAAAGUCAGUUGCUGUAGAUAAUGUGGCUCAGAAGAGAAAAUCCUUACCAGCAAAGGCUCAGGCAAGCGAGCCGGUCGGUGUUGUUAAACGAGGGAGGCGCAGUGUAGCACCUCCUGUUCAGCAAGAACAUGAAGACGUCAGCACUGAUGAAGAUAAUGAGAUUACUUUCAAGACGCAGCCUCCCCAAGUUAUAAUGCCUCAAGUUAGAUAUAUGCCAGAUAUGUCACCCAAGAAAGUGGAGGCUGUGGUAACAGAGACAGCAGCAAAACAGCAAUUAGAAGCAGCAAUUGGAAAUAUCACAUUAGGUUUUGAGAGGUCGCAGCCAAAAACUCCUGGGCGUAAGAGUUCUGCACGGAAGAGUUUGAUGCCAGAGUGGCCAGUGGACCAAAAGGAAGAUGUACUUAACUUCUUUGAUAAUCUCAACCCCAAUCAAACAGAGCAAACUUGUAUAGCUCUCACCUGCAAGUUUGCCUCCAUGAAGUACGACCGAGAGCUGCCCUCAAAGUUAUUGUACCAGUGGGUUCAGAAGAAGGGACGUGAAGUGCAGAAAACAGUUCAUAGUUAUGAUUUGCCGAAACAAGAACAAAAUGACACGAUGGUAAAUUUCUUCAAAUCACUCGACCCCGACCUAUCAGAGACAAGCCGGGUUGCUUUUACGUGCAAGUUUAUACAAACCCAAUUUGGCAUUACUGUCAACUCUAAACAGUUGUACAGUAUGCUGAAUGACAAGGGUAAGAAAACAACCAGACGUCGUUAGCGUCACUUUAGGUGAAUUCUGGCAGGUACACUUCAAAUUUUUAUUGCCUGAAGUAGUGCAAAUUUCAUGACAAGCUUUGUGUUUACAUAGAUGUACAGUAUGGAUGUAAUUCUAUGAAAAUUAUUCACAAGUGGAAAAUUCCAGUGAUGAUAACAGGAUUAUAAGUUUGAAUGUGUGUGUGUGUGUGUGUGUGUGUGUGUGAGUGGACAUGAUGAAUGUUUUUUAUAUUUCUGUACUGGUUAUUGAUGAUGACAAGGAAAGUUCAUAUUUUUAGCUGUGUAUAUAAAAAAGUGUUUUUGAUACAAAGUUGCUCUUAAUUUUUAUGAGGUGAUAUAUUUGUAAUGUCAAUUCAUUAUUUUUUAGGAAAAUCAAUAACCAUUUAGGGGAUUUAGAGAUAAGAUUUCUUCAGACAAGAUGAAAAAUUAUUUUGUUCACUUUUUCCGUAAUGCCAGAAGGUUUUAUGUGUAAAUGCUGUCUAAUAUUGCUUAACACUAAUAGAGGUCUUGUAGUCUGUCACUAAAUAAGGUUACCACUUUUUAGCUCAGAAAUUUUAAUGAAUUACUAUUGAUGCAUUGCUUAGUUCUGUCUUCUCGUGCAAAAGAUUAUGAUUUUUAAUAUUUCUCAUACAAAGUGAGUGAACCGUAACAGUGAUACAGUACCUGUACAGUACUUUUUGUUUUGUUUUGGUUUGGUUUGCUUUAAGAAUAAUUUUUAAUAUUGAAGCAGUUGAAUUUAUUAUAGGUCAUAUACACUAUACAGUACAGUACAGUACUUGAAAGAUUAAAAGAAACGUUUUUAUUUCCAUGUAACCAACCUGCACUUUAUUAUGUAUACUAUAUUUUAAUAUCUUCAUUACUUAAUAUGUCGAUCAGACAAGUUUCAUAUUCACAAAAUUACUCUGGAGAGUCAUCUCAUUUUCAUUUAAAUCUUUAAUAAAGCUAUGGAAGCUU